GAACAGGCAGAUGGACACAGCGUGACUUCCUCUGACUGUUCCGUACAUACUGUGGACAGCUUAUCUCAUAGGAUCAUCUCCCAGUGCAUCACACGGUAUUAUCUUUGCACAUGUCGCAGCUGGUAAUAAUUUCACUAAUUUGUGCAAGGCUUGGUGUAGGUUCGUUACCGAGAAUACUCUACGGAGAAGUCUUCAGGAGAUGCACGCGCAACUGCGCCGCCUCCCUCUCGCUUGAUAGGCAGUGACCUAUAACAGCUGACGUUAUUCUUUCUAUUUCUAUUUAUACUUGCUCUGGUUUAUUUAUUUAUUUACCCUACUUAAUCCUUGAUGGAUCAAAACCGUUGCAGCCGUUUGCCCAUCAUACCCGGAGCGGAGGCUUGCGCUCGCUCUUCUGGCCCUCUCUACGCAGAGAGUGAAUAAUCCACUGCACGGGUGCUUAUUUUUAGACACCAUCCCAGCUCCUGCGCGCGCCCCUUGUUCUUCACUCUUGCCAUUCGUGCUCUUCUGGUCAAUUAUUUAAACCGUACGAAGGGAAAAUAAUGCCUAAGCACAGGACACGCUGCUUCUGACGGAUAGGAUACCCGGCGCAAGCAGCGCAUCUGACUGAUAGAACUGUAAAGGAAGGAAGCACCGCUGCUGUCCAGUGGAACCGGGCCCGGUGGCCUGUGAGGCGCACCCAGCUGACCCCAUCUCUGAGUACAAGGAGAAGUUUAUAGCGCACAUCAACGCGGAGGUACGGCCGGCUAUACGCCUCCACGAUGAGUACCAUCCGCCAGAGGGCAAAAUGUCCAGUAUGACCACCUUCAGGUUAGAUUACGUGCCUCACCCCGUGAUUCCCAGAGAGCCGAGAGUCCAGUGUGCGUACGUCCCCCCUGAGGGGUCCAUGAAGAUGACCACCACCUACACCGAGGACUUCCACCGACACGCCGUGCAGUGCCACAGGGUCAGCAAGGUCGACGACUACCAUCCCUCAAUGGCAAAGAUGGACACCCUGUCCACUUACAAGGAUGAGUUCCGUACAUGGCCUCCUCAGAGGAGGCAGCCAUACCGUGUAACAGACAACCUGACUCUCAACGCGGGCAAGUUCUGUGGCACCUCCACCUUCAAGGACAACUUCCGCCCCGUCGUUGGCAUCGUAGCACGUCAGCCCUGCAAGCCGCCAGCGUCCUCUUUUGAGCCGCAAAUGCGUGUGCCCUUCAACGGCGUCACCAACUACCGUCUGCAGUACAUUCCCCAUCCAGUGGAGGCGCUAAAGAGGCCCUCCAGCGCGCCCUUGAGGGCAUCCUCCUCUCAGCGGCUGAAGGACCAAAUCCCGCCAACCGUACGCUGGAACACAGAGUUCCGCGAGAAGUACCAGGCGUGGCCGCUGGGCGCUAGGCAACCGCAGCACCAUGCCGACGAGUACGAACCCCCAGCUGGUCACAUGACCUUCGACAGCACCACCCGCACGGACUACGUCCGCCACAAUUGCCCUCCGCCGCCAACGCGGCCCGGUCGCCCGGUCAUCCAGGCAUGGGUGGACGAGAAGGAGAAGGACGCCCAGCAGGAGGAGCUCCGAGGCCGGCCGGCUGAGCGGCAAGCUCUGGGAAAGCCCACCACCACCACCUACCGCUCCCAGUACACCCCCAAGACGGCGCCCAAGCCCGUCUGCUUCCGACCCCCCGAGCCCGGCCCAAAGCCCCGCGUCAGCGUUGCCCGGCCAGCAGAGGGUACAAGUGUCCACCCUGAGGUGCCCGUGUGCCCAGCCAGCUACGCCCACCCGCCAGGCUUCCAGGACACGCGCAUGACGCACAGAGGCCACAGGCUGUACCGGACCAUCUCGCUAGCGGAGGGUGGCGGAGCGAAGGACGUUGCUGUGGUGAGCAGCGGCCAAUCGCCUCGCGGCCACAGCGUGGAGAGGAAGAGUGUGGUAGUUGACGGCCGAGGCAGGGGACAACACUAGAAGCCCUACGUUCUUCGUGAAGACCACACACACACACCUGACCACACCAAAGGCAUUCUUAUUUUUAUAAUCAGAGAUUUCUAUACGGAUCGCAAGUCUCUAUUCACCAUGUGCACCAAACAUUUUUGGAAAAAAAAAAAAAAACUAAAUAAAAUGAAUAUUUGACUGUU